UCUUUUCUUUCCAACAACAAACACCUUCAAAUCAAAGUCACACAUUUUUUCACUCAAAUCAUCCAAAAAAAUGUCUUCUCACGAGCAAAGCUACAGAGCCGGUGAAGCCAAGGCCCAUGCUCAGGAGAAAACCGGGCGUGCGAUGGACACGGUGAAGGACAAGGCUCAGGCGGCGAGGGACAAGGCCUCGGAGGCCUCAGACGCAACGAAGGAGCGCGGCCGCGAGACCAAGGAGCAGACGGGGAGCUACGCGCAGGCGGCCAAGGACAAGGCGUCGCAGAUGGCGGAAUCGGGCAGGGAGACGGCGGCGGCUGGGAAGGAUAAGACGGGAGGGUUUCUGCAGAAGACCGGGGAGCAGGUGAAGGGAAUGGCACAGGGUGCUGCCGAUGCGGUGAAGCACACUUUCGGGAUGGCGGAGGAGGAUGAUGAAGAUGUUGUGCUUAAGAAGAGAGAUGAGACUAAUUAUUAAGUUUGGUUUUAUGGGGUUUUCUUCUUGCUUUUUUUUAGUAAGAAACCGACUUUGGAAAACUCUCUCCCUCUUGCGUUAGGGGGUGUUUAAUGGGAGGUUUAUUUUAAGUGUGUUUGAAAUAAAACCUGAUUCUUCUCUUUUGUUUUUGUUCUGAUUUAAUUU